AUGCCUCAUGUGCUGAAAAGUGUUGACCAAGUCAUGGGCAACUCUACAGAUUUGCACACCCAGAUGGCCCCUCCACCAGAGAUCAAAAAAGACAAGCCCAGGCCCUGGCAUGCAGUGCAACUGCCUGAAGGAUGGGAAGAACAUAUGUUUGGUCUCUGUGACAGGAGGAGAUCACUCACACCUAGUGUCUCUGUGUCCUCCCAAAAUUCUACUGCCCUUAUCUUGCAGGAAGACCAGGUUGAGGGCACUCCAAUGGAUGAGGAUGCUGGUGAGGCUGAGGCUGGGGAGGUUGAGGUCAAUGUUCCAGUGGAUGCUGGUGAGGCUGAGGCUGGGGAGGUUGAGGUCAAUGUUCCAGCUGAUGAUGGCAGUCAAUGUCCUGAUGAUGGGGCUAGUCAACUUCCAGACAAUGAAGGGUUUGGUGCCCCCCCCCUUCUCCCAUAUGACUCAGAUGAGGACGGUUCUGAAUCAUCACUUCCUCCAUCUUCACCACCAGCUGAAGACUCCAGUUCCAAUGCUGGGGAUGAGUUUCCCCCAUGUUGUCCUGGUUGCUGUGUGGAACACAAACCUAAAAGCAAGGGAAAAAGUAGGGCUAUGGAUGUUGACAACAGUGAUAUAAACAUGAAAUUUAAGAAGACUGGGAACUUGUCCCAUGCCACUCUCAAUGAGGUACAUGACUUUGUGACUGAAGUCAAGGCAAAAGCAGAAGAACUUGGAUGUCAACACAGCAAGUCUCCUCAUGACAUCCUUGUCACUGCUGGGCUCAGUGUCAAACCAUCUCACAUGAAGCUCAAUGAGGCCAAUCUCUUCCACUCAUGCCAACCAAAACAUGGUCAACAAUAUCAUUAUGGCAGAGUACAACCAAUCAUGAAAGAUAUUGAUAUCCCCAAAGAUGACACUGCAGCAAGAAAGGAGAAGUUGAAGGCCAUUUAUGAGUGGAGUGAGAGCUCCUCAGCAGUGCCUGCUAACAAAUCAGUCAAGUCCAUUGCAGUCAGAGUCCACAAUGUGAAGACACAGUUCUCCAGAUUGGCUGAAGCAUGGUCAACUCUUGAAGAUAUUGAAAUUGCUGGAGUUGUGAUGUAUGUUGGACAAGACCCUGCAGGACACCAGACCUCUGGCAUAUUUUGUGGCUCUGAUAUCAUACAAAAGUACAUCAAUGAGUAUGCCAUUGAUGUUUGGGGACUUAUGGACAAGUACACUGCAAUAUUUAAGUGUCUCAGGGAUGGUAAUGGUACUGAGGCUGGAUUAUUAGGGACAAUUGGUGAUCCCCAGAAAAUCAUUUGGCAGUGGCUUCUUGAGUUUGUUAGGAAGAACUCUCUCAUCAUAAUCAACUGGCCACUUGGGGUGCCUCCACUGGGCCCUGGUUUUGAGUACAAGAAACUCAAAGCUGAUGUUCUCUGCCAACUUGUGGUACCUUAUCUAUGGAGAAAACUAGGCUCAAUGUAUGACAGACAAUCUGAUGACAACAAUGACAAGAAAAAUGAUCAUCUGGAUGGUGUGCCAGAGGUUGAAAUUAAACCCUGGAAUGAAGAUGUCAUGAGCAUAAGGGAUGCACACCCAUUAAAGGGAGAGAUUGCACUGGUCAAGGCUCCUGAUGGCAUGGUUUUGUGCAAGGUGUCUGACAAUCCUGAGUGGCAGAAGUCUCACAAAGAAGAGGAUCCAGGUAUGGUGGCACCUCAUGCACAGAGUGGAAUCCCAUUUCCAUCGUGCAAGUGGGCUUGUGUGGAGGUGAUGGAUAAUGAUACAGUUCUUCAUGAGGAUCUGCAUCAUGAUGCUGCUCCAAGCCAUUCACACCCACAGGACCCUGGCCCUUCUCAGCAGUUUCCACCAUCUCAGCAUUAUGAGGUAUUACCACCUGCCCACUGCAGUUCUGGGCAUUUCCCUCUGCCCUGUCAGACAUAUUGCAUACCAUCUCACCCUGACCAUCAUGUUUACCAUGAUGCUCCAUAUAUCUCUGACUACUACCCCCCAGCCCAGCCCACAGCACAGCAAUGGGUUGACAGAGGUAGUGCUGCACAGGUGAGCAUGUCAACUGUGUCCAAUGGCCAGGGGCUCUGUUUGACAGAUAGGGUUUUUCCACAUGGUGAUGGGGGUGGCAAGGUUGGAAAGCAAGGAUUGAAAGUGGUGUUGAGGCAAGGUGUUGUUAUCAUCAUCAGGAUACCACAGUUCUAUGUUACAUGCAAGCACUGUAGAGCUGCAGAGGGUGACUUCUGA